AUGGUUAUCCCGCCUCACUUUGCCUCCGUUGCGCUUGUUCUUAUGUUUAAGGAUCGGCAUGAUUUCCUUCUGAACAAGGUCUACAUUCUCCUCGGGACUUUCAAUGCCGCCCUGCACGUCUUUUGUCGACGUCUGCUGCCCCUGAGUCGUAUCGGACUCGCGUAUAUCAUCCUCGCGUCCGUUUCGACAGCUGGCUACGCCAUCGCAGCGUUCCAUUCGCAUUGGAAGGUCCGCGUCAACGUUUCUCGACGUAACAAGUCGCCUAGGCUUGCGCCGCUGUCUCCAGAGCCAGAAUCUCUCCCUGAUCCUCCGCCUAUUCCGCAGCUGCAGCCUCGGCCGUAUCAGCAUCCGCAGCAGCAGCAGUGGUCGCGCUAUUUCCCUAAUCCUUCGGCUCAAACGUCUGAGUUGACAGACGAGACAGACCGGCAACUUCUGCGACUACUCCACACGAACACCGGAAAUGUCCCCAACAGACAGCUUGUCCGGGAUACGUUUCGCAUCGAGCUUCCGGAGGAAGACCAGAAUCGGAACGCUGUCGUCCCUGCCGGCGGCAGCAGCGCUGGCAGUCCGGAGACUGCGGCGACGGCGUCCAACGCGGAGAGAGCAUAG